GGACAGAGCUCUUCACGCUCCAUUGCUUUCAUGCAAUGACGGCACAGAGGUUCAACCUUGGAUGCACCCAGUGUGUCGCACGUUGGUGCGAUUCCCAAUCCAUUUCUCUGGGCUGUGAACGCUGUCGAGCUUAUCUGUGAAGCUUAGACAGUUUACUGUGUGAAAGGGCCUUGGAUUCUUGAGUGGCCUUGUCUCUGCUGCCUCGGCCAGAUGGCGUCUCGUUCCGAUGUGCUUCGCGUGUAUCGCCAUGCUCUUCGCGUCGCCGAUCGCCACAUCACUGCCAUCGCAGGAAAUCGCUUUGCCCGCGAUGCCAUUCGCGAAAUGGUCCGCGCAGACUCUGCACCAACUUCAGAUCUCCCUGACGGUGCUAGUAGGGAGCCAUUACCAACAGACCGUUGUAGAGAGGCUGUUACGGGUGGCGAUGCUGACGAGAAAGGAGCUGACAAGGAUAGGCGUGUUCUGCUGCUGAAAGACUGGGCGGAUCUGGUCGACGCAAUCCAUUCGCACAAGAAUCUACUGCGAUCGUACAACAUAGAUAUUGACAGGGAAGCUGAACUCAAGGCCAGGCUUCGUGAUACAGCUAGAAGGGUCGGCCUGCAAAUCACCCCCCAAGAAGACUGGGAGCCACCAACCCUUGGGAAAUUAAGCUAGCACGACCCAUUUUUGCUUUCUCUCUCAUUUGUAGUUUAGUUUCUGUGCUGGAAUAGGAUGUUGAUGGAGGUCUGAAUUGUAUCUGGCCGCUUUACAACUAGGCACUGAUAUUUUCUGCUAUGUUGAACGUCAGCCUGACGCUUUCACCCAAUAUGAGCUGCGCCGGAGAUUUU